GCGGGGCUCGAGCCGCCCCUUGGUGGCCCGGGGCGGGGCCUUCGGAGGCCUCUGAGCCCGCCGCAGCGAGCGCCCCACACAAAAGGGUCGGGGCAAGGCUGCGGGGGGCCUGGGGCGCCACUUGCGCCUCUGAGGCCUGAGAGUGUGCAAGAAGGACGCAAGAGAGGAUGAGCCUGCAAACCGAAGUGGGGACGAGGCUAUAGUGAGGACGCCCCCGUGGUCCGAGAGGGAGGAGGCCAGCGCUGGGUGGCCAGCGGCCUGCGAACUAACGGGUUCUGCAGUGAAAACACCUACAUCCCCAUCUAAAAGUUGGUUUUAAUUGGUUGCCCACAGGAUUGACUUGGCCUCUACUUCUUGUUAAGAAAAUACAUCUCUUGUUUUAUCAGGUGUGUGUGGUUUCAGCGCAGCAUGGCUGUGGUCAUCCGUUUGCAAGGUCUCCCAAUUGUGGCGGGGACCAUGGACAUUCGCCACUUCUUCUCUGGAUUGACCAUUCCUGAUGGGGGCGUGCAUAUUGUAGGGGGUGAACUGGGUGAGGCUUUCAUCGUUUUUGCCACUGAUGAAGAUGCAAGGCUUGGUAUGAUGCGCACAGGUGGUACAAUUAAAGGGUCUAAAGUAACACUAUUGUUGAGUAGUAAAACAGAAAUGCAGAAUAUGAUUGAACUGAGUCGUAGGCGUUUUGAAACAGCCAACUUAGAUAUACCACCAGCAAAUGCUAGUAGAUCAGGACCACCACCUAGCUCAGGUAUGAGUGGCAGGGUUAACUUGCCGACAACAGUACCCAACUUUAAUAAUCCUUCACCCAGUGUAGUUACUGCCGCCACUACUGUUCAUGAAAGCAACAAAAACAUACAGACAUUUUCCACAGCCAGCAUAGGAACGGCUCCUCCAAAUAUGGGGACUUCCUUUGGGAGCCCAACGUUUAGCUCAACCAUUUCGAGCACAGCCUCUCCAAUGAACACAGUCCCACCGCCACCAAUUCCUCCAAUCCCAGCAAUGCCAUCUUUGCCACCCAUGCCGUCUAUUCCCCCAAUACCAGUUCCUCCUCCGGUACCUACAUUGCCUCCCGUGCCUCCUGUGCCCCCAAUACCUCCAGUCCCGUCUGUGCCACCCAUGACCCCACUGCCACCCAUGUCGGGCAUGCCACCCCUGAACCCACCACCUGUGGCACCUCUACCUGCUGGAAUGAAUGGCUCUGGAGCACCUAUGAAUCUGAACAGUAACCUGAACCCUGUGUUUUUGGGUCCAUUGAAUCCUGUUAACCCUAUCCAGAUGAACUCGCAAAGUAGUGUGAAACCACUUCCCAUCAACCCUGAUGAUCUGUAUGUCAGUGUGCAUGGAAUGCCCUUUUCUGCCGUGGAAAAUGAUGUCAGAGAUUUUUUUCAUGGGCUCCGUGUUGAUGCAGUGCAUUUGUUGAAAGAUCAUGUAGGCCGAAAUAACGGGAAUGGAUUGGUUAAGUUUCUUUCCCCUCAAGAUACGUUUGAAGCCUUGAAACGAAACAGAAUGCUGAUGAUUCAACGCUAUGUGGAAGUUAGUCCUGCGACCGAAAGACAGUGGGUAGCUGCUGGAGGCCAUAUCACUUUUAAGCAAAGCAUAGGACCCUCUGGACAAACCCACCCCCCUCCUCAGACACUUCCCAGGUCAAAAUCGCCCAGUGGGCAGAAAAGGUCAAGGUCAAGAUCACCACAUGAGCCUGGGUUUUGUGUUUACUUGAAAGGGUUGCCAUUUGAAGCCGAAAACAAACAUGUCAUUGAUUUUUUUAAAAAGCUGGAUAUUGUGGAAGAUAGUAUUUAUAUCGCUUACGGACCCAAUGGGAAAGCAACUGGUGAAGGCUUCGUAGAAUUCAGGAAUGAGGCUGACUAUAAGGCCGCUCUCUCUCGUCAUAAACAAUACAUGGGCAAUCGCUUUAUUCAAGUUCAUCCAAUUACUAAGAAAGGUAUGUUAGAAAAGAUAGAUAUGAUUAGAAAAAGACUGCAGAACUUCAGCUAUGACCAGAGAGAAAUGAUGUUAAAUCCCGAGGGGGAUGUCAGCUCUACCAAAGUCUGUGCCCACAUCACAAAUAUUCCAUUCAGCAUUACCAAGAUGGAUGUUCUUCAGUUCCUGGAAGGAAUCCCAGUGGAUGAAAAUGCUGUACACGUUCUUGUUGAUAACAAUGGGCAAGGUUUAGGACAGGCAUUGGUUCAGUUUAAAAAUGAAGAUGAUGCACGUAAGUCUGAACGCUUACACCGUAAAAAACUUAAUGGGAGAGAAGCUUUUGUUCAUGUAGUUACUCUACAAGAUAUGAGAGAGAUUGAAAAAAAUCCCCCUGCCCAAGGUAAAAAGGGGUUAAAGAUGCCUGUGCCAGGUAAUCCUGCAGUUCCAGGAAUGCCCAGUGCCGGAAUGCCCAGUGCUGGAAUGCCCAGUGCCGGAAUGCCCAAUGCCGGAAUGCCCAGUGCCGGAAUGCCCAGUGCCGGAAUGCCCAGUACCGGAAUGCCCAGUGCUGGAAUGCCCAGUGCCGGAAUGCCCAAUGUGGGAAUGCCCAAUGUGGGAAUGCCCAAUGCGGGAAUGCCCAAUGCGGGAAUGCCGAGUGCAGGAGGUGAAGAGCAUGGCUUCCUAACUGUAGGCUCUAAGGAGGCCAAUAAUGGGCCUCCAUUUAACUUUCCUGGUAAUUUUGGUGGUCCGAAUGCCUUUGGGCCACCACUGCCUCCUCCAGGAUUAGGAGGGGGCUUUGGUGACGUUAGACCUGGUAUGCCUUCAGUUGGAAAUAGUGGUUUGCCUGGUCUAGGACUGGAUGUGCCAGGUUUUGGAGGUGGACCAAAUAAUUUAAGUGGGCCAGGAUUUGGAGGGGGGCCUCAGAAUUUUGGAAAUGGCCCUGGUAGCUUAGGUGGCCCCCCUGGCUUUGGAAGUGGCCCUCCUGGUCUUGGAAAUGCCCCUGGCCAUUUGAGUGGGCCGCCAGCCUUUGGGCCUGGGCCUGGGCCUGGCCCAAUCCACAUUGGUGGUCCCCCUGGCUUUGGGUCUAGUUCUGGAAAACCAGGACCAACAGUAAUUAAAGUGCAGAACAUGCCCUUCACUGUGUCUAUUGACGAGAUUUUAGAUUUCUUUUAUGGCUAUCAAGUGAUCCCAGGCUCAGUUUGUUUAAAAUACAAUGAGAAAGGUAUGCCCACAGGGGAAGCCAUGGUGGCCUUUGAAUCUCGGGAUGAAGCCACAGCUGCUGUUAUUGACUUAAAUGACAGACCGAUAGGCUCAAGGAAAGUAAAACUUGUAUUAGGGUAGCUGUUCACAUCAAUUCUUCAUAGGGUAGAUCUUCAUAGUGCUGUGAUUAAUGCAUCCAGAUUGUUUUCCUAGUAUUUCCAGGUUAGAACCUGUGGAUUGUUUCAAUUGCAUAUAGAUUGGAUUCCAUAAUAUAGAGCAUUGGUUGACCGUUUACAGAAGACUCACUAUCAGGAUAAACAUUGCUGUAUGUUACCGUAAAGCUGUCUGAAAAGAACACAAAAAUGAUUUUGGCAUACCAUUAGAGAAAUGAUUUAUAAAACUCAAAUGACGACAUCAAGCUUAUCAAGGAGUCUAGAUUGGUUUUGUUUUAUACCAUAUGGGAUGAAGAAAACAGAAAUGUCAGUAGAGCUUAUUAAGGGUGCUCUUGCCAGCUGCUGAAAAAUAGAAUUUGGUUUAAAGCUGGACAGAUUUGCUUUGUUAUAGGGUCAAAGCUUUGUCUAAAGUCCUCAUUUUCUUUUAAAAUUGAAUAAAAUCUCUGUAUACAGAUUCACUGUAUGUACCUUUAUUGCUUCUCGAGGGUUCUUGCUGUAUAGACAGUCCUGCUUCUGAAGUUGCUGCUUUGCCUAACUGACUCAUCUGUAAAUGAGCAGAACUGUUGUUGUUGUUUUUUUUUAAUAUAAAACUACACUUGGUUUGUGCUAUAACCUUGAACUUUGAUUUCUAAUGUCAUACUUAAAACUGUGGAAUAAGACUUUGCCACAAAAAUAAAAUAUGGAGUCCUCUACCUACCAGAGCCUUUUUGGUUUGACCUCUAAGUUUUAGUUCAGUCGGUUUAAAAAUUGUUCAUUUUGUUUGGAUGGCAUUGAAAACCAGAAACUGCUUUUAAUAAUCACUGUUUAAGUUGCUUGAUUGGAAGUCCUGUCCAUGAGGGACUAAUGUUCUGGCAAUUUCCUUCUGUCCCAAAUUUAUGUGAAAUUUUGGCCUGUAACUAAACAAAGAGGGUCCAUUUAUAAGAAAGAGCUUUAUUACAUCGAGGUUUUUAAAAAUGAAGUUGAAAUUGUUAGCUUUGGUAGCAAUAGUGUUACAGAAUUUUAAAAAAUCCAUAAGCUGGUUUGUAGAUUGAUAUGCAUUUAAUCCUGUUACUUGGAGGCUUUUGGUCUAGUUGUUUGAUCAGGAGCCUGUUUACAAAAUCUCAUACAGAGAAAAAGUACAGCUGCCAGAAGGGAGAGAAUUGAGACUCCGUGCCCUUUCAUACUCUUUUAUUUUGGCAUUCAGGACACUAAGGCAGGAGGACCACAUGGGUUCUGGUUGGUAAGUGUCCUUGUCAUGAAAACAUUUGCCUUACAACGUCCUGCCCACUGCCACAAAAGGCUCUGCUUAUGGUUACUUUUUUUCUUAGUUAAAAUGCUCUGAAGAUGUGUCACAUAUUAUAAACAUACGGAAUGGGAGAUUGGUGAGAUAUCAUGAAAAACAAAUUUUGUCUUUUACCUGGUCCUCUGUCUUAGUUUGAAGCAUUCUCAACAUUUCCUACAAAUGUGCUUGCAAAGGGGUCAGCCUUUUAAAAGAAAUAUUUCCUGUUAAAAAAAAAAUAGUGCCUUUUUGGUGUUGCAAAUCAGUGGAACACUGAAAUACAGCGUCGUGUAAUUUAGAGUUAGGAGUGGCAACAGUUUGAUUUGUGUGGUAAGAUUUGGAAAGCCUUUUCAGCAUUACCAUCAUAGAGGAUUGACAGUACAGGAUUUUUUGUUUAGGGAAAGGAUUGGUUAGACUUUCAAAAAAGACAUGGCUGUGUUGUGGGUCUUUUGAUAAUUCAUGAUUACAAAUUUGCUUUGACAGAUCACUAGAUAUUGCCUCCUCAACUAAAAAAGCAAUAUGAUGUUUGUAUAUGCUAUUCAAUUUAAGUUUUCUGUUAAGUAAUCAUUUCUCAUUCCAAGGACAGAGUGCAAAAAACUUCAGCGCUGUUUGGGAGUCUUAUUUCAACUGCACAUUAUUUUCCCCAUUGGAAAGCUGACUUUUUAUUUUAGAAAAAUGGGUUGUUUGAAGAUGAAAGUCUUUUCGUUUUUCACAAUUUAUUUUGGUUAUAUGUUCGUACAUUCUUAUUAAAUAUUUCAUAUACUUUAUUGCAACUAUUUUGUUAUUUCCACAUCUUAGGUAAAUGCUGAAAAGGAAAAUUUGAUUUCAUUGUUCAUCAAAUUAAAUAAAUUAAGAAAAUAGUGGUUGUGUAGAAAUUGGAGAGGACUAUGUUUUAUAUUUGGUUGAAUCACAACAGUGCUUUUCUUGUUGUGAAAUGUAAUUAAAUGCUUUGCCCUGUGGAACUUGAUUUUUGUGUAUCUGAGACUUAUUACACAUUACAUAGUGCUAACUGCUACGCAUACUGUUCAUCUGGCUCUGGGCAUUGGAGUUUGAGGUUUUAAAAAAUUCUUGAAAAUGUGUUCUGUGAAACGAUUCAUAGCUCUUUUCCUGCAAAUUUUCUCAUAAGAACUAGGUUUUGAGUGAUAACUAAUUUACAUUAUUUUCUUACUUGCUUUGUAUGGUAUGAAGGAUUUGUAAAGCUUUGCUCAAAGUUGUGUGCAUUUGUAAACACUAUCAUAUUUUCAAUUUCAUGUGUAAACUGUAUUGUCUACUUUCGUGACUGACAUGAAUAGAAGAGAAUCUUUUCCAUUAGGUUUUAUUUUUCUCCCCCUCCCUGCUAAAGGUUUGGGUUUUUUUAGUUAAAGGAUUAGAGAAAUCUACAAAAUGUAUUUUCUAAGUAAGCAAAGUUGUAAACUUUCUGAACUUUAGUGAAACAUUUAGUUCACAAGCAAAAUUUGGAAGUAUGUCCUGUGUUUACACUGUGGUUUGGAUGUACGAUUAUUAGUGGCUUUUUUUUUUUUAAUGCAACACUGUUACGUGAAAUGUAGUUGCUAGCUUUGUUCUCCAAGUUGUCAAAAUAAUGACAGUGAAAAUUCCAUUAGGAAACUUGAUUCAAAAUUUCAGAGAGUAAUACUCAGUGUAAUUAGGUUGGUCUUUACCCACUGGAUGAAAAUGUAGGGCAGUGUCUGGAAGUAAGCAAACGACACUUUGGGUGGAAAUACCUUGGAUAAAAAUAAGGAUUCAUGAAAGCCUUAAUCAAACUUCAUAGUCCCUUUUAUUGGAUUUUGUCAUUGUUUAUUGGUGUGGGUCAAGUAUUUAAAAAUAAAUCCACUCGUCAAUUUCAAGAGCACUUAAAAAAUGAGUAAAGGAAAUGUAAAAUUGCUGCUAGUCAAAUCUGGAAAGAAUUUCUGGCAGUGAUCACUUAAAAUUAUUUCCCAUUCUUACAAAAUUACCACAUUUAAAUUGUCUUACUGGCGGUUCUACAGUAGUCCAAACUUUAGAAACCAAACACAAUAAAAUAAUUCAUUGCCAUUAUGGCCAAAAAUUGCCAGCAAAUACUGCCUUGGCAUCAUUUAGCAGAGGUUUUUUUGUUUAUAAAGAUGAAGUCUUGGGUACUGUUCAAUAAACUUGUCACAAAAGAAAACAGGCUGAUACUUUUAAUACUUUAACUGCACAAGAGUACUGACCUAUACCGUCAGGUAUUUCUUUUUUAAACUCCUGAAAAUAUUUUGUGCUUUGGAAAGGUGGAUUUGGUGAUCUUGGAGGUAACAAUUGUUGCUUAUCCUUGCCCACUAAUGCUGAAGUGUGGAAAGAAGAGGAUACCUGGAGCGGCAGGGGGAGGAAACUUGAUUCUAGGUCAAAUCUGUGGUAUUCACCCUUUAAAACUUUUAUUAUAUGUCAUUUGCUAGCAAGCCACUUCAUUAUGUGGACUCAGGAAGCACCAGAAAUCAAAUGCUCCUUUUCCCAGGAUUCUUGGA